AUGUUUUAUCUCAAGAAAUCGAUACCAACAGUGGGUUCCAUGGUGAUGGCCACAUGUAGAACUACUAGACCAAUAAGAUCAAAUAUUCUAAUAACUUCACGAACAUUUUGUACUCCUACUGUCUCUACAAACACAGGCACUCAGGAUCCGGUUAAUAUCACAGAGGACCCUAGCGACAAAAUCAGCGGUUUCGCCAAAGCUUUUGAGAAACAGUCACAAAUUUCAGAGGUUCAAAUUCAAGAUAAUGAACAAAACUAUACAUUUUCUUCUCUACUAAGAAAUUCAAAAUUAAUGGAUUUGGGCGACCCUAGUGGUAAAAUAGUUAUUGGCAAAAUAUUCCAUGUGGUUCAAGAUGAUCUGUAUAUUGAUUUUGGAUGGAAAUUCCACUGUGUCUGCACUAGGCCAACUGUACGUGGAGAUGAAUAUGUCAGAGGAGCUAGGGUGAGAAUCCAGAUCAAAGACCUAGAGUUAUCGUCCCGUUUUCUUGGUUCCACCACUGAUCUUACCUUGUUAGAAGCAGAUUGCAAAUUAUUAGGAGUUAUAUCAAGCCCAGUCAGAGCAACAGUGACUGAUUAA